UCCUUCCAUUCUUGUAUUUUUUCUCAUUCACUCCACCAGGACGUCUACACGCAGGACGCAAUCCUCCUACUACCACUCUUGUCUUUUUCACUCUAUUUGGAUAAGAAUUUAACACCAAAAGCUGGACUUUUUUUUUUUUUUUUUUAAACAGGAUUUGGAAUAAGCUCUUCCUCUUUUUUCCCCUCCCUCUCUCUCUCUUUGAUGCCUCUCUAAGGAUCAGACAGUCUGACAGAAGAGUUGUGACAGAUUUAGAAAGUGGCAAAAAAAAAAAGAGAGAGAGAGAGUUUUUUCCCCCCCGAAGGUUUCAGAGGAAGAAACAGGAGAUAGAUAAAGAGGCAGCGAUAAUCUGGGAGAGAGAGAGAGAGAGAGAGAGAGAGAGAGAGAGAGAGAGAGAGAGAGAGAGAGAGAGAGAGAGAGAGACAAGGGGAGGGAAGAGCACAGCUGUUGUGUGAGAAGAAGGGAAAAAUAAAGAUAAAGAAAGCAAGGAGGUGCACAAGUGUGAAGGGCGACGGGGACGACCAAGGCUGGAAGGAAAAAGAGAGAUAAAUGGGAAAAACAGCAAAUAAAAGAAAGAGACUGAGGUACAAUUCCAGUUGAAGGUCAAAUAAAGAAGAACUUUUCAUUCCUUUUUUUUUUUUGAUCUGUCUUGAAGACACCUGACAUCAAUUAAACAACAGUUAGAAUGGAAGUGCAGCGUGAGGAGAGGACAGACUUCCUCUGAAGUGCAAGGGGGAAAAAAAAGGAAGAGGCGGCAGCGUUUGACACGAAGAAGAGGAGACGAUUCCCUCAUCAUGUUUUAUUCAGCUGGUUUCCCAAAUUCAAACAACCUGCGCCGGAAGAGCAACUUCGUCCCCGGAUAGAAUGAAAGAGAGGAGCGAAGAGAUACCUGCCGAGUCUGUGAUACCCUCCUUUUCCUCCUCUUCACCUCACACUCCUCCACCUUCCUCUCCUCCUUCCUCUCUUUCACUUUACAUCCAGCUUUAAAUUCUCUAACUUCCUCCCUCCUCCUCCUCCUCUGCUCUGACAUCUCUCCAUCUCCUCCUCUCCUCUCCAUCUCCAUCUCCUCACUAUGUGGAUACCAGCUUUGCUCCUAUGGAUUCUUAAUAUCAGCAAUUUCUGCUCAGGACAAGACUAUACAGACUAUUAUCAAACUGGAGACAUGGGCACCGAGGCUCCAGCGUUGUCAGAUGACCAGCCCAGUUUAGAGACGGUGACAAGCGUGGAUCAGCUAUUACAGCUCCUAUACCCUGAAUACAAUCUGCUUCAGCACUGCCUGAGGAAGAAAUCGCGGCACGCCUCACCCUCUUCCUCCUCUUUUUCCGCCUCUUCAGCGAGCCCUUCAGUCCACUCCAACGACGAAGAUCUGUGGGGUCAGCCGAGGAAGGAGGCUCUUUACAAAGUUGACGGGACUCUGGCAGUCAUCCUAGAGGAGAUCCAGCGAACCUCAUGCCAGCCCAGAGAGGUGUGCGUUGAGGUGGCCAAAGAAUAUCCAGAAUCCACCAGUCGGUUCUACCUCCCCCGCUGUGUGGCGCUGCAUCGGUGUGGUGGAUGCUGCACCAAUGAAGCCUUUUACUGCACCAACACGAGCCACACGCUUGUCAACAAAACAUUGAUGGAACUGUCCCCGCCUAAGAUGGAACGCUCUGUUGUCAUGGUAACCUUUGUCAACCACACUUCGUGCGAAUGCCUCUCCAAACGGCCACUGCACUCCAUCAUAAGACGAGCCGCGACAGAUUACCUGUGUUCCCCUCCUGAGGUUCCCUGUGCUUCAGGGUUAUUAUGGGAUCCAGUGAACUGUGUGUGUGUUUCUACAGACGCCAUAAACUACUCUGAGAGAGAGACGGAGGCGCUGGACUCGGGGCUGCUGGCUCUUUGUGGGCCCAACAGGGUUUUAGAAGAGUCCACCUGUGAAUGUGUCUGUCGAAACGGACUCACUAAGGACAGCUGCGAUCCAGGCUGGAAACUGGACCAUGACACCUGUGAAUGUCAGUGUGAAGGUCAAGGAGAGGGGAAGUGGUGCCCUGCCGGCCAGCGGUGGGAUAAGGAGCUGUGCGGCUGUGUGUGUGAUGCAGUGUGUCCCGGGAAUCAACCCCUCAACCCCGACACCUGCUUGUGCCAGUGCAGAGAGAGUCCAGAGUCCUGUCUGCGGCAAGGCAAGAGGUUCAACCCCAACACCUGCAGUUGUUACAGGCUGCCUUGCAGGAAGCCCAGACGUGUGUGCCAGGCUGGGUUUUACUACAGUCACCAGGUCUGCCAAUGCAUCCCCAACUACAUGAGGCCUGAGUGGAAUUAACCAAUCACAGGGAGCUGUGGAGAGGAGUAGAGCUAGAUGCCAGCGGACUGCAGACGCCACCAUUUAUUGUCCUUUAACCUGAGGCUAGAAACUUUUUGGGCAAGGAGGUGAAGCGCCUCUUGACUGGAAGGGCACGAAGGUGGAACUACAAAUUUAUUGGAUUAUGACAGACUACAAUGGCACUUGGAGGAGUUUUAAUAAUACUAUCGGUGCUCUGACACUCUUCCAAAAAAGCUAGCAUCCAAAGGCAGAUGUGGGAGCUGCCCAGUGAAAUAAAAAGGCAAAAACAGCCACACAUAUGCAGUAAAACCAGUGAAAAAAAGAGGAAAUGAGGAAAGAAAUUGGACUCUGUGGGACUCUGUCUGACAGUGCCCAUGUGUUGGCCCUCUUCCCAACGUUAAUAACAUGAUCCUGACUGAAAGCAAACCAGUCACACCUGACAGCAGUGUGACAGCAGGGCAGGACGGACCAAUCAGACUCGAAAGCAAGCACUGAUCCCCGCUGCAACGUGUUUGAGCACGAUAUUCAACCACCCCACUGCCGCAGAGGCACCACUCAUGACUGUGUGAAAGUGGAAUGAGAUAAUAACAGAUCAGACUCCAUGCUUUUUUUAGUUUAAAUAAGCUUUAGACAACUUCACACUUUGGCAGCCUUGAGGGACGAGAUUUUCGAGAGGUUGAAGGGAUUAAUGUGCAGAAAUCAUGUAAUGUGAUGUCACUGCAUGUUGCUGGGGCCUUAUAUUCACAGUUUUAGUAGCGGUGGUAAUAAGGACAUUAUCUUUUAGUAGCGCAUUAAGAGAACAAUUCCCAACACGAAUAGGUUGUAUCUGUUUUGAUUUUUUUUAUUUGUGAUAAAACUCAACUCUCUCCCUUUCUUUAACCUGAAAUCUGAGAAUAGAGUUCUUGUCAGACCUUGUUUAAAGAAAUGCUGAUUUAAACACUCCCAAGGGCUAUUAUACCCUCCAGUUUCUACUUGCUUCUACUGUAGUGCUGCUCUUUGAAGGUUUUACUCAGACAUGGCUGAAUCACAAUGGAUGGUAACACUGGCAGAGUUUAGUCAUUCUACCUUUCGCAAAGAUACAGUUCUUGUAAUUUAACUUUACACACUCUUGAGUAAUAUUAUUUGUAAAUAUUUAAUUUUUUCAUAUUUAAAACAUUUUUAAGAUGGACUCAUCUGUUGUUGUAAAAUACUGUAUUUAAGUCACUAUCAUAACUAAAUAUUUUGGAUUGAAAGUAUUUACAUGUAUUUGUACUCCAGCUGUUUUAAUUAUUACAGAGAAAUUGAAUUAUGUUUUUAAUUAUCCGUUUUGCCAGCACUGCAAAAAGAUCAAUCUUAACAAGUAAUUUACUGGUAAUGCAUUAAAAAUAUUUUAGGGGUCAAAAGGACAGUAAAUGUUAAGAUGAAGAUUUGUUGCAGUGUAGCAGUGAUUGUAGUGUUUGUGCUGUGGUAGCCCACUUCUGCUACAUGGAUAUAGAGAAAAACUUUAUCAUGACACUAUUAAAUAUUUAAAAUUGUUUUGAAGUAUUGAUUAAAAGCCUUGUCAGACCGAUGCAUUUGUGGUGACAUUUUGUUAAGAUUGAAUAUUAUAGUGUAUUUUUGGGGGGUAUAUUGACAACAACAGCCUGUGAGCAAAAUAAAACAUACCAACCAAACUCUGUUUAAUCUUUACACCAUUUAAGAAAUAACAAAAAAUGCACUUUUUUGUCAUUUAACUGUUCUGUCUGUGUCUGUCUAGUGGCAAAUAUGUACAUUCUGAUAGAGAAUACCAAACUCCCUUCAUUUUAUGUAAAUGUUGUAUUAUAUAUUAUAUUAUUUAGUUUUUUGCAUUAAAAAGUCCAAUUUAGUGUUAAAAACUGUCAGAAUAAGCCUUUAGAAAACCUGUGUGUAGAGAAUGUAAACUUCUCAUUUCAUUAUUAACCCCCCUGAAUCUCUAGGAAUAUAAAACAUUAAUUUCAACAACUCUUCUUUGAAUUGAAAUUCGUUUUAAAUGUGUCACUGCUCCU